AGCAAAACCGAAUCAAAAAGUUCAAGAGCUUGUGUGGAAAGAUAUGCGGAAGAGCAAUUUUCAAUCUUUCUGCUUCUGGGAACAGCUGUGUGUGGUUGGUACUGUCAGCGUGUGCAUCGCAGUCUAAGGAAAUGUUGACAUGACAGUAAUCAUACUCUCACUGCGGCCUACAUUAUCCUGUAAUUCAUCAUGAGCAUAUUUUAUCGUAGCAGCUCGUGGAGGAAGAUGUUUUUUUCUAUUGUUCUUCUUCUGUUAUGCUUCUUGCAAAGUGGAAAUUGUUGGACCACAGAAGAUCUUGAACUUUUUGAUCUAGUUGAGAGUACACCACAGAAUUUUUAUGAUGUUCUAGGAGUGGAUCCAAAAGCAUCUGCAAGUGACAUACGCAAAGCUUAUAGAAAAUUAUCAACUUUAUAUCAUCCUGAUAAGAACAAAGAAUCAGAUGCUGAAGAAACUUUCAGAAGAAUUGCUGCAGUUGCUGAUGUGUUACGAAACGAAGAAAGAAGGAAAACGUAUGACCUCAUUCUCAAGACUGGAUUACCAGACUGGCGAGUUCCAAUUUAUUAUUACAGACGGGUUCGAAAUAUGGGAUUGAUAGAACUUACAAUAUUCUUGUUUUGUUUAGCUACUUUAGCACAGUACCUUUUUGCAUGGUCAGCUUACUGGGAGAAAAAAUAUGAAAUUGAAGAAGUUGUUCUAUCUAGAAUCAGAAAGAAAGCCAAACAUCAAAGGAAAGGAAAAAAUGCAAAAAUUGAAGAAGAUGCAACUGUUUCAGAAGUCAUGUCUACUUUGCAAAAACCCAGGUGUCAAGACUUGUUUCCUGUUCGACUAUUUUAUUUUAUGAUACAUUUAAUUAAAUCCUCUCCUUCUUAUAUAGCUACUUGCAGAAAUUAUUUUAAGCUUCGUAGAUCAGUUCAAGAAAAAGAGGAAACUGAAGAAGAACCUCAAGAAACGCGUAUUAGGUAUAGAAAACAGGUUAAGCCAAAAAUUCCUGACUAUAGCAGCAUUUCAUCUUACACUGAUUCUUCAAAUGGUAGUACUCCUGUUCUGAAUGGCAUACAAAAGGAGGAAAAAGUGAAGCAAACUAAGAAAUGGUCACUAGAGUCUUUAACUGAACAUCAAAUUGUAGAAUUCAAGAAAGCUAUUAAAAAAUUUCCCAAUGGAACUUUGCAACGAUGGGAGAAAGUAGCUGCAUAUCUUGACUGUUCUGUUUCUGAGGUUGUUACAAUGAUCAAACAGUUGAAGAAUGAACAGUUUUCUAAGAACGUACCCCUUUCUAUGCAGGGUAAAGUAAAUUGCUCUGAAACUUUUAUAGUAGCAUUUUUUUUUAUCUCAUUUG